AUGCAGAUGGCACAGGAUCCGAACGAUGGUCCGAACGAGGACAAUAUAUUUGCCAACCUUGACUGCAACUUCCAAUUUGGGAUGGAUGACGAUCUGUUUGCCCAACCCUCUCCAGCUGUCGCCGCGGGGAAACCCAAUUGCAACAAGCGUCUAUUUAGUUCUCAGGAGACGCCUCCAGCUGCCGACUUCACCGAGACUCAGCGGACAGCCGAUGUGAAAAGUGACGGGCCACCAGUGCCCAAGAAUAUCGAGUGGAGAGUGCAUGUGUCGGGUGAGCCGAUGCUAGUUAAAAGAUUGUACGAUGCUACACCCGGUCCUAUGCGAUCUCUGGUUAACGGUGUUCAGCAUAUGGAGGAGCGGCGCCUCAGGGAGAAAGAUAGUGGAUACUCGGUGUAUGUGGCCAAGGUGCCCUCGGGCCAUGGCUUUGUCGAUAGCACCUUCGCGCAGAAGAUCUUCCUGCGGUAUGAUGAUAUCUUUCCCAUGUUGAACAGUUAUCUGCUGCACUACACCUUCUUUUGCCUAUUCUCGCUCAGUAAGGCGAUGCGGAUCAUUAGAGACAAGACCCCGGGCAUCGCGAUAGCCGACCCCUUCUACAUGCGUGCCGUCCACUUGGCCAGCGCUGGGGAUCGGAAAGUCGCGAGUGCAUACCUCCAAGGCUUCUUUCUAGCGAACCAUAAGAAGUAUAACAUCCUCCUGCCUAUAUUUCCCGAAGACAAUACCUGCACACUCAUCUCCAUAACCCCGAAACAUUCCAUGGCCACAUACUUCGAUGCGGACAGUAAGUCAAGCACGACCUACACGAAUGUCAAGGCUGUACUUGAUGAUGCUCUCAAUGGCUACAUCAAAGCUAAAGGCCUCAUGGAGAGGCCAAAUGUUAGGUACGGGAAGGACGUGUUCAAGCAUAUAACAAAGUUUCCCUGCGUCAAGAAGCCACCUUCUAGUAAGAAGGAUGCCUACUACGCCCUCCAUCACAUGGAGGCAUUCAUACGGGACCAGCAGCAGCUUAUGCUACCUGACCAUCUUAGAGACUGGGUCACACGCUUGUUGCGGAUCUGGGGCGACGGCCUCAAGAAAUAUAACUUUCGCAUCCAUAAUACCGAUGAUUAA